AUGUUGGUUCUUCUUCUAAAACCAAUUACAUUUCUAGUGUCAACGUUAUGGAGUUUAUUAACUCGUUUAAUCUUCAACACUAUCGCUUACACAAUUGUGCUGUUAAUUCAAGGUUUAAAAACUUCUGGUGAAGGCUCACUUGGAAUAUUUCAACAAGUUGCGGAGAUUAUAAGAGCGUGUUUUGAGUUCGUCCUUCAGUUAUUAAUUGGUUCAAUAAGUUCCAUAGUCUCUUUAGUGUUAGAUGCUGUGAAAAAUGUAAUCACAGGAUCAGUUUCUGCUACGGGAUCGAUGGCUGCUGAACUUGCAGAGAAAUUGAAGACUUCGUUUGAAGAAUCAUUGAAACAGGUGCCAGAACUGCUUGAGGAAGUGUUUGAUAUGAUGUCAAAUAUGGUAACUGAUUUGUGGAACAAUUAUAAAGAAGCUGUGGGAUAUGUUGUAGGAAAUGCUUGA